UACCGGCGCGCGUUUGACAUUUCAAUCCGUGGCGUAAACCGACCAAUAUGAUUUUUGUCUGUGCGUGGUGUUUCGUAUUCGUGUCGUCGGUAUCGAUGAUUUGAUAAUGUGAUCGUUGUGUGGCGAAAUGACCGUCGACUUGAGUAAAAACAACGCGGCGCUGAAAGCGGCGUGGCGCGACGUGCUCGACGACAAAACCGCCACCAACUGGGCCCUGUUCGGCUACGAGGGCCAGACGAACGCGCUGAAGGUGGUGUCGACGGGCGAAGCCGGCAUCGACGAGCUGAAGGAUGACCUAAACAGCGGCAAAAUCAUGUACGCGUUCGUCAAAGUCAACGACCCGAAGACGUCGCUCGACAAGUACGUGCUGAUCCACUGGCAGGGCGAGGGGGCCAACACCGUCAGGAAGGGCAUAUGCGCUAAUCACCUGCGGGAUGUCGAGCGGUUUUUCCCGGGGGCCCACCUCACGUACACCGCGCGCAACGAAGAGGAGAUCGAGGAGGAACUGGUCGUCGACAAACUCAAAAAGGUCGGCUCCGAGUACAGGUUCAAGGCGAAGGUGACCCCGAUGGAACCGGCCGCGCCCGUCGGCACCGUCUACCACAAGGUGAACGCCGUGAAGGAGAUCGACUCGCAGGAACGGGACCGCUUCUGGAAGCGGGAGGAGGAGCUAGAGCGGAAGCGCGUGGAGGAGGAGAAGAGGAGGCGGCGGGAGGAGAUCCUGAGGUUGGAGACGGAAACGGCGCGCAGGGAAGAGAUCGACACCAAGAAACGGGAGGACGAGGCCCGGAACAGGGACGACGAGCGGGAACAGCAGAAGAAAGCGCCGCAGAAGCCAAUCAGGGCGUCGGCGGUGAAGGCGGGGGCGGAGUCGCCGGUGAGCGACGACGACUCCGAUCAGUUCGCAACGAUCAAAAGGUCCCCGCGGGACGUUGUCAAGGACGCGACGCCCCAGGAAGAGAAGACCGUGGUGGGCAUUACGGAGCAGGACUUUGUCGACGAGUUCGUGUACGGAAUCGACAAGGAGGGGGGCCAGAAAGCCCGCGCCAUCUACGAUUAUCAGGCGGCCGACGACACCGAGAUUUCGUUCGAUCCCGGCGACGUCAUCACCAACAUUGAGAAAGUGGACGACGGGUGGUGGCAGGGCCUCGCCCCCGACGGCAUCACCUACGGCCUAUUCCCCGCGAACUACGUCGAGCCGCUCGACGAGUGACA